AUGUUAUUGUUUAAAGGACUCAAAUCUAAGGUAAGGUUUAAAUAGGAUAAAAUAGUUUGAGUUUAAAAUACGUUUUAUACGGUCUUUAAAUGUUUUAUAUUUUCAAUUUUUAUAUGAUUUAUAUUGUAUUUUUGCAUUCCAUAAUAUAACUAACAAAUACUGCUAACUUUAGCAAGAAUUAGAAGACGAAAAAGCAGGAAAGGCCCCGGACAAUAUAAAAUGGCUACCAAAGAAGAAACAUUUUCGGGAUACCGAAGAAUGGAAGCAGAAAAGACGACGGAUUAUUGUCAAAAUGAAGGUUUUAGGAAAAUUGAAUUUAAACCUUCUUUUAUCUCGAAUGCCUGUAAGAAGAAAAUUUAUUUUAGUUAUUAACAGUUUGUUGUGCAUUUACUUUAUAAAAGAUUGUUUGAUUUUUCAAGUUUUUUUACGAGAUAAUUUUAAUGCAAAAAAAAUUAAUAAUUGCUGUUCAAGAACAUUUCUAUUUUUUCUGUCAUUUUUUAUACCGAAUUUUAAUCAUUGUUAUCAAACUUCAAAAGAAAUUGAAAUAUUGUGACAAAAACGCUAUGAAUACGGUUUGUAUUCCGUAAUUUUAAAUUAGCUGAUCUCUCAAGCCUGUGAAAGUUGUUAGGACGCGUUUAAGCACUUUUGUUUCACUUGCGCGCUAUCUGUUACUUGUAAAUCUUUUUUUUUAGAUACUUGUUUAACAAAAAGCUGAAACUUGUAUGAUAUUCAUUAAGUUUAAAACUAUCUCAGCUUAUAAUUAGUUUUAUAUUGCAAGUAUACUUUAUUACUACCCUAGUAACAAAAAAAAUGUCUCAAUCUAUCGAAGGUUCAACUAUUCUAGAAAUUGAAGAACUUAAAGACAAGUGCAACGAAGUCAAGGUAAAUUUUAGAUACUUUCUCAUGUUUAUGCUCUGUUUCUGCGGCCAUAUAUUUGUUUUUGGAUUCAAAUCGAAUCUUUCAAGUCAUACGAAUCUGAUCGAAUGACGGCCUCAAACAGCCGUGGCUUUAAGUUAAAAACAGACUGCAGUGAUUUUUCCGUUUCAUUCCAUUUUUUGGCUUUUUGAAAGCAUUGUUUUGCCAGUAGUUUUCCUGGUUUAGUAUUAAGUAGGCUUCAUUUUGAGCUUGAUCAUAGAAUUUUUCGUUUAUUUUUUUAAGUUCAUGGAUUUUCGAGCUACCAAAAUGUCCAACCUGUUUCAAAAGUUGUUUUGUUAAAAAUAAGACGUAUGGUGACAUUUAAACGUUAAAAUGUUUUACAAGAAAAACUCGUGUUUUAAUAGUAUUAAAAUUCUUGUAAACUUAGAAGCUGUAUAGUGCCGUUACCAUAAGCAUGGCAGCGGCUAUAUACGAUUUAUCACGGGCUGUUGUGCAAGAUGAUAUUAAAGUGGCAAAACUCGACGAAGAACGUCGACAAUCUAUGUUUCUUGAUCCACAUACAGAUGUAAUGACACCGCCUCGUACACCAUCACCAGCCAACUAUCAGCCAAUUCAUAGAGCACUACAGGAAGCGGCUGACAAAGUAUACGCGGGACUACCGGGCGAAUUUGGUGCACUCAAAGCAAGCAUAAUUUUAGGAAAUACCCUUUUUUUACCUCUGACAAACAAAUAAUUUAAAUUUUAGUUUACUACCCUCUUAAAAAUCGUUCUACGUUCUACCCAAAAACAUUUGUUUUGACAAAUACAGUUAUGUUGGUAUAAUACUGAGUGCACUGAAUAACAUUAUAAAUUAAGUAUGAAAACAUUUUUCGAAUAAAUUUGCAUAACGUAUCAUCUACUAACAAAAUAUUGAUUUUACAUAUCUCUAAUUUUGAAUUUUCAGUCAGUUGAAAAGCUGCCCAAUAAAGUGCUUGAACAAAUUUUUUCCUACCUGCAUCCACAACAAUUACUGAUAGCCGGUCAGGUUUGUAGACGAUGGAAGGAAAUAGCUUAUAGUGAAAACUUAUGGACGAACGUGUCGUUUAGAGCUUCUCAUGGUGGAAUUCAAGUAAAUCAAAGUUAAUUAUAAUUAGUAGAAAGAAAAAUUUUUAAUUUCGAAAAAAUCCAAUUGAGAAAAUAUUAUAGUAAAUAAACUUUAAGGUAACAAACCUUGACUACUUUGUGAACCUCAUAGGCCACCGGUUUACAAAACUUCGCCAUUGUGAAUUGGCUACUGACCUUAUCACUCCAAACGUCUUGCACGAAUUAGCCAACAGAUGCUCACAUUUAACCAGUUUAACGUUAGACUUCUCAACAGCCAUGCAGCUGCAUGACUUUACAGAUCUACAAACAUUUCCGAGUCGCCUUAAAACUUUAACGUUAUGUUUAAGCGAAAACAUUUUUUUAGAAGGAUUCUUGAGAAAAGUAUACACCUUUAUUUCUAGCGUGGAGUUUUUGCAUGUCGUAGGUACGUAUUAGUACAUAUAAGUUUCAAAGCGCUUUAUUUUAGAAGUUCUACAAAAUGAUAUUUAAUUUAUUUUUAUUUACAACAGUAUUAAAAAAUAACAUCAUACGUUCAGGAACAUAUGAAAAAGUAGAAGAUGAAGAAGAAGAAGUUUACGAAACAUUGAACUUUUACAAAUUAAAACAGUUUACACCAAACUUACGUGUUGUCAACCUUUGGGGUGUGCCAUUUGUAAACGAUGACCAUGUUGAUGCUCUGAGUUCAAAUACGGCGCAUUUAGAAUGCCUUUGUGUAAAUUAUUGCCAAAAAGUAACGGGUACUUGCUUGAAAUUGGUGAUGCAGCGAUGCAAACGUCUCAAAUCUCUGUUUUUGGCUCACGCACGUAAGUAG